GUUGGCUGGCGCUGCCACCGCCUCUGCCCUGAGGGGCCCGGCUCUCUGGCCGCCCCUGGGCCUCCUUUGCUUGCCCCCCGUGGGCCGCUAUGAGCAGCAGGAGCCGGCAACGCACCCGCCUGGAGCCCAAGGGUUCACAGGAACAUGACAAUAAACUCCCAGAGAUUGCAAGCCUUCAAGAGUGCAAACAUAUCACUUCUCAGCCACUGAAAGAACAAAAAUUGCCAACACUAACAUCUGACCACAGAUUUCUGGAUACCAAAGUCUCAGGAAAAUCAUUCAGAAGUUGUCCCUUUCAGAAUAGUUGGAAGAGUCCAUCAAAAAAGACAAAAACACUGAAACAAGAAUAUCCAAAUCCAUAUGGCGUGAGAGACUCAGGUGAGGCUGUUCCCAUGCCAAGUCUUUCACAGAGAUCAGACAGAUAUUCUGCCAUACCAAACCCCUCGCCAGAUGCUCAGAAGACACAAGGCGCUGCUAAUUCUUUUACAAACAGCUCUUGCAUUAAUGAUGAGCCCAGUUUGCCAUCUUUAUAUUUGCUUCCAUCUACUUCAUUACAAUAUUUUCUUGAAAAGUAUUACAAAAUCAGAGGAGAGAGAGCCGUGGGGGAUAUUAAAAGAGGGGGGUGUUCUUGGAAGCCAAGCCCUCUGAAGACAUCAGAGGUGCAUGGUGGAGCAGGAGAAUUAGGUGCUACGAGGCUGAAAAAACAAAACCGGUGUACCAGCCUAAUUUCAUUUCCAGAAGUGUCCAGGUGCAACUCUGAUUACUGCUACAAAGAUCCGGUUAGAGGAGCUCCUCCUCGGUACCUUCAACGACUUUCUGAACUGGCUACUUUGGAACAUGAAACCAUUCAUCAGGAGAAACGCAGAAAAAUCAGGAAGACAAAGAAAGAGCUGUAGACAGUGUACUGGGCAAGGAGAAGGUUCCUUUGCAUAUAUUUAAUGUUGACCUCUUGCCCACUAUCUACACCACCUCAUUGCACAACAUAAGUGAACCUCACUAUUAUUGUAAAAGGGAAAUCCAGUACAUAGAACUGAUGUUACCUUGUAAAUACCUUGGCCUUUUAAACCAAUCAGCUAAUGUGUAUAAAGCAGCUGCACAUUAUUCAGGUGUCAGAUCCUGCACAAACAUUUUGACUCCCAUUAUGGGGAAAAGGCUGAGGACAUGAAUUAAUGUACUUAUUAAAAUAGUUAUUUUUUUCUGUUGGUGAAAAAAGCUGUCUAUUGACAAGAAUGUGUGCUUUACUUCAAUUCUUAACUUUAAACUACCCCAAGCAUAGCUUGAAGGCUUUGCAGUUGCUCUGUAUAGUCUCACCAGUGAGUGUCCUUUUUCAUUGUUUGUGCCACUGCCACAAUCUGGGACUAAAAUAGAAAUUUCUGUUUCAAGUUUCCAUUUGUUCCAUGACACUUCCAAGUCACUCUGUCAUUUAACAGCCUUGCUCAGGUCUUGCAAAGUCAAGACUGUCUUCUUUGACUGAGUUGAUCUAUCUGGAAUGUGGUCUUUCUGCAUUAUUUUCUAGUGAGAUGUCUUCUCAUGGUACAUCCAAAGCAGGACAGUCUGUUUAGUCAUCUUGACUUCUAGGGAAGAGUUCAGGCUUGAUUUGCUUUAGGACCCAUUGUCUUCUUGACAGCCCAGGUUAUCUGCAGAAUUCCAGCACUACAUUUCACAUGAAUGGAUACGCUUCCUAUCAGCUUCAUUCACUAUCCAGCCUUCACUAUAGUUCAUAUACAGGCAUAUAUCUACUAAAUAGCAUAAUGUGAAUGUUCUAAGUUCUGGUCUAUCAGAUCUUACUUGCACAGAUUUCUACUAACAAAUCAAUAUUAUUUUCAUACAAACUACCUCAUUGGUUUCCAUAAAUCCUCUGCUUUGAAGAGGAAACACCACAACAGCCAAUUUAUCUUCAUAUUAAUUGCUAGAGUCCAUUCCUGUUCUCUUGCAGAGAACUAUAAAAAGAGAUAAAGCACAUUAAAGAGCCUGUAAACUAGGAAUAAACUGCACUGGAGGCACUCUGGCCCCUUCCAUCAAUCAGAAUGCUUAUAGAACUAGUUUAAGAGUCCAGGUGGAGUAGAUGGCAAUGUUUGCUGCUUCCUGCAUUAUGGCUCUGGAGGAUGCCUUCAAUAUUCUAAGUCAGAUUUACAGGGGUGUGAGAAAGAUACACCAACCCAAUCCCCAGUCAGACAAUAGUUUCCUUUUGUUUUUGAGGUGCAUGCCCAGAUCUGGUUGUGGCAAUUCUGCAAUUUAGUCCAGUGUAUUAUAACCACACAGCUGUUGUACUAUAGCUAUUCACUGUAAAAAUCAAUACAAUGGCUGCUUUUUUAUUCUAUGUGUAUGAAAAGCUUAAAUUAUGAAUAGUUGGUUCCAGUAUGUCAAGAUAAUGGUUCCUCAGCAGCUGGAUAAUAUUGAAAUGUCUCAAGAAAUAACCCAGCUGCUGCUAUAAGUAAUAAACAAGCUUGGACAAACCAGCAAGAUCUCUCUUAUCACAAAUAUUUAAGCUUUUAAUACCUUAAAUGGCAGAUGCCAGGUUUGAGCAGGUUUUUCAAGUUCACUACACAGGCUAGGAUGUUAACAAGAUGCAUAGUCAGUGUCCAACUUCCAUACAUCCAAUUCUUUCAUUCAACAGUACCAUGCACUGGUACCAACUUCUACUCACAGACCUGAGGAACAGCUCCCAAUAUGCACACUAAUGGAUUAUACUUCAUAACCAAGUACCAAAUGCCACCUCUGCUUAGUUCUUCUAUACUUGCUACUAGCUGUAAUGUUAUGUAGCCUCUGGCCAGCAGACAGCCGUUCUUGUCCUGGAUCCUCCACAAAGGACACCUGCUGCCAAUUUCCUAAUAGAGGCAGCGCUGUUAAGAUUCUCAUAUUCCAUUUGAGAAGGAAUUUUCACAAUUUUUACUUAGGUCUUUCUGUUCUCAGUCAACACUGCUGUAAAACAUACAGUACUAUCUAUGUGUAACUUGUGCUCAGCUAUAAUAUCAGAGACUAAGCAUGUGCCUAAGCACGUAAGAAAAUCACUGAAUUUUGUUGGCCAGAGUCCACUGCUGUCCGUUAAGGACAGCAUCUUAUGAUCCAUUAGCAGCACAUGUACGUAUAGACAGAAAAAUAUUUUAGACCCAUUACUGAUCUUUGCAAACUACUCUGGGAGGCUUUUGGGCUGAGCACAAAACAUCUGAAAUCUUACUAGGUCCAACAAGACUUAUUAACAGGAAAGUAGGCACAGGAUUGUAAGCCCAAGUUUCACUGAAGUCAGUAUACCUAAGUAGGAGUGAUCUCACGGAUUUUUCAAAACUCAAAAUGGCAAAUUUUAGCCUAGAACUGGAAUACUAAGUAUGCAUGAGAACUUGGGUACAGCGAAUAGAGCAUACAUGUACUUAGCGCUGGUGCUGUUCUUAAGCAACUUUAAUCAAUUGACUAAAAGAAUCUUGCUUCCUUGUAUCCAACUAAUUUUAGCUGCUGCCUUAUUCAGAGAGAUAGCUGUACUUCAGCAACCAGUGAGCAAGCCAGACUAUAAUACAGUGCUACCUCGGGUUACGAAAUUAAUUCGUUCCGCCGCCCCGUUCGUAACCCGAUGCAUUUCGC